CACCGCCACCUCGGUCUCCUCUGUAACCACCACCGUGUAUGGCGCCGCUCGAAUCAAAGCCACCAAAGGAAGCUCCACCACGACUACCCUGAUAAUCACCACGACCGCGUCCACCUCCGCGACCGCCACGGGGUUGACCUCGUCCGCGAUCAGACAUGAUGAGGAAUAGUAAUAUUUUGAAGCAAGUGUGUCGUUGAAAUUCAAUGAGAGUGAGAUGUGGUUGAGUAAAUGUACAAGGAUACGAUGAUUGCUGAGUAUAUGACUAGCUACCUAGAGGUGAUGGAUGCUGAGUUCUCGAAAGAUGGAUUAGAGAUCUUGAUCAGGGUGAAAUGUGUGAGCUUGAGCGAUAUUCCAUUCCCAAUACCGGCUUGGGCUUUCGUGCCUUCGCGCCUUCGUGUUUGACGGCUCUAGGUCCCGCGGUGUUCGGGUAAAUAAGUGCUUGGUGAUUUGCCUACGGUAUAUAUAGCAAGCUCGAAUUGGUUGACGAUGUUUGAAAGCGGUGGAGCCUCCCCGAAGCCGGGUUGCGGGAAGCAGCUGCUCGUUGACGAUGGGAUGAGUCCCCACUGCUUGAAGGUCGAUCCGUUGCCCAGGAGCUUAGUGUCAACACUGAAGAGCGGCAGAAAAUCCUUUCGAGGAAUUAACGAGAACAACUCAAAGAAGAGUUUAGCAAGUCAAGUUGUACUUCUAUCUAACGUCCUAACCCUCAGGUUCUACGAUAAAACUUCCCUGGAGGCCCACCUGUUCUCAUCAAUCGACCCAUACAUGC